UUCACAUCUGCUAAGUGGAGCGCACGUUCAGUCCGACCUCAGCUCUGCCUAUAGGUGACUUUACUGUGUGAAACCGAUUCUUUGAAGGACUUUACAUUUUUUUCGAGCUUGUCUAUUUCAACGCAAGCGAAGCAAACAGACUCCACGUCUUUUUCCAAUGGGAAUUACAUGCGCGCGUAAAACUUUGGCACACUCUUUCGCUCGGUGAAUUUCGGAGCCCCUGUCUUUCUAGAAACAUGCCGGAGCGAAUAAGUAUUUCAGAUUUUGUCGAGUUGACAAACGAGGAUUUGUCUUCGCCCGGGACUUCCAGCUUCCAGUCCAAGAUGAGCGACUGCAAGAACACCGUGUCAGCCGUGGAAGAGUGUCUGGAGAUGGACAACUCGACUCUGCAGAGGAUGAAGAAGACGAUUAAAUCUAUUCACACGUCUGGACUCUCACACGUGGAAAACAAAGAGCAGUACAUUGAGGUGAUGGAGAACUUGGGGAACAGCCAUCUGAGUCAGGACAACAACGAAAUCUCCACAGGCUUCCUGAACUUGGCCGUUUUCACCAGAGAGGUCACGUCCCUCUUCAAAAAUCUGGUCCAAAACCUCAACAACAUCAUGGCGUUUCCUCUGGAAAAUGUGCUGAAGUCUGAACUCCGGGACAGCAGAUUAGAGCUCAAGAAACACAUGGAGAAGAGUUGGAAGGAUUAUGACAUAAAAUUAGGGAAGCUGGAGAAGGAAAGAAGGGAGAAGACGCGGCAGCUGGGGGUGAUCAGGAGAGACGGAUCAGAUGGAGGGGAGGACAUGGAGAGGGAGAGGAGGAUUUUCCAGCUGCAGAUGUGUGAGUAUCUGUUGAAGAUCCAAGAGCUGAAGGUGCGUCAGGGACCCGAUCUUCUCCAAAGCCUUAUCAAAUAUUUCCAGGCCCAGCUCAGUUUUUUUCAGGAUGGGCUGAAAGCUGCAGAGAAUCUCACUCCAUUCAUUGAGAAACUUGCUUCUUCUAUUCACACGAUGCGACUUGAGCAGGAUGAGGAGGUAAAAAAACUCCUUCAGCUGAGGGAUUCUCUGAAGUUACUUCUGCAGGUCGAGGGAAAAGAGGAGUAUUUGAACCGGAAGAAUUCUGGAAAUGGCUACAGCAUCCACCAGCCACAAGGAAACAAGAAAUACGGGACUGAGAAAUCCGGCUUCCUCCAAAAGAAGAGCGACGGGAUCAGGAAAGUUUGGCAGAGGAGAAAAUGUGGAGUCAAAUUUGGAUACUUGACUAUUUCCCACAGUACGAUCAAUCGACCUCCAGCCAAACUGAACCUUCUGACCUGUCAGGUGCGGCCCAACCUGGAGGACAAGAAGACAUUUGAUUUGGUCACUCAUAAUCGGACAUAUCAUUUCCAAGCAGACGAUGAGCAGGAAUGUCUCAUCUGGGUGUCGGUGCUGCAGAACAGUAAGGAGCAGGCCCUGAACACGGCAUUGGGAGGAGAUCAGCUCCACGUGCAGGACAGCGGCCUGCAGGAACUUUCCCAGUCCAUCAUCGCAGAUCUGCGACACAUGCCAGGAAAUGAGGCGUGUGCAGACUGCGGGGCGCCAGACCCAACAUGGCUGUCCACCAACCUGGGCAUCCUCACAUGCAUCGAAUGCUCUGGCAUCCACAGGGAUUUGGGAGUCCAUUACUCCAGGAUUCAGUCGCUCACUCUGGAUUUGCUCAGUACCUCAGAGUUACUGUUGGCCGUCAGCAUCGGAAACACCAGGUUUAAUGACAUCAUGGAAGCAGGGCUUCCUAAUGACUCUGUCAAACCGUUACCACAGAGCGACAUGAAUGCCAGGAAGGAGUACAUAGUGGCAAAGUAUGCCGAACGUCGGUACGUCCUCCGCAGGGAAGAGUCGGAUCCGGGUCGCCUGUACGACGCGGUGAGGAGCCGGGACCUUGUUUCGCUUCUGCAGCUCUAUGCCGAGGGAACAGACCUGGCCAAACCGCUGGUGCUCCCUGAAGGACAGGGAGUCAGAGAAACGGCUCUUCACCUCUCUGUUCGUCUGGAGGAGAGAAGCUCUCUUGCGCUGGUGGACUUCCUCUGUCAGAACAGCAACUGUCUGGAGAAGAAAACAACCGAAGGGAACACGGCUCUUCACUACAGCGUCCUGCACCACAAUCCUGAGUCACUGAAGCUGCUUCUCAAAGCAAAGGCUUCUAUUCAUGCAGUGAACUCAAGCGGAGAAACGGCUCUAGACCUGGCCAAGAAGCUGCAGCACACUCACUGCAUCGAGCUGUUGGAGCUGGCCCAAAGCGGGAAGUUCAACUCUCAGAUCCAUGUGGAGUACAUGUGGGAGAGUCAGUCUCAGGAGUUCUAUGACAGUGAGGAUGACCUGGAUGAGAGAGUGAGUCCGUUACCCAAAAACCGCUCUCCUCCUUCAAACGGAGGUGGUGGAUCUGCGUUCGCCCAGUGGACAGCCAACAAUGGCACAGGUCCAGGUCUCAGGCCCUGUCAGACCUAUGAGAAUCUGGACUUCCUGUAUAAGAAUCCUGCCAACAGCGCCACCACUGGAGCAUCUCUGCCGCCACCGCUGCCAGCUAAAUCAGUCCUAAGAGGCCGCUCAGACCCGCAGAUUUCAGUCACAACAGUCCAGGAAGGAGCCCACAUCCUGCGCCGCUGCUCCAACCCGACAUCCCACUCUUCCAGUCCUCAGACUCAAACGAAACACGGCUCCUCUUCGUCAAAUACAGAAACCCAGAGUCACAGUGGGAGAGCCCAACGGUCCCCACACGGACAAGGAGGUCUGCAAAGAUCGCACAGGCAGACCUGGGACGGCCAAACCCCUCCAAGUGUCUCACAGGCGUCCAAUCUGAAUCAUGAUGGACCAGUCAGUUCAGAGAAGACCACCUCCUACCGGCGCACCAGCACCGGAGGUGGCAGCUUCGGAAAGGGCAGCGUGGGCUCUCUGGCGCCGCCCUGCUUGGGCAGCCAGGAGGAGCUGUACUGCAGCCUGGUGGGGAACGGAAACGCCUCGGCUCCAGCGCCUUCUUCCUCCCCCACUGUGACUUGUGGCCCUCGCUCCCGCAGGAAUGCAAUGGUUUCGGUCAGCAGGCCACAGAAACGCGUCAAGGCUUUGGUGGACUGCCGAGCGGUCAGCACCGAGCAACUCUCCUUCUUCAAAGAUGAGGUCAUUGUGGUCACAGCCACUAAUGACCCCCACUGGUGGGUCGGGCAUAUUGAUGGUGACCCUUCGAGGAGUGGAACCUUUCCUGUCAACUAUGUGCACAAAGUAACAGAAUGAUGCUAGUUUGGACUUCAUGACCUCAUGUGGGAAAGGAAAUACUGUUCUAUUCAUGGAUCCAAGUAAUCUGGGAGUAUUUUCACAUCAGGAUCUACUGACCAAAGGACAUCUGCAUGACUAAAUUGUCUUUUUAGGGGAUUAUUACUCAUCUCAGAAAGCAACAAAGAAACUGGAAACUUUUAUUUGUUGUCUUAAACCUGCAGGUGCAACGAUAAAGGAAAGAUAUGAUUUGCUUUAAUGUUCUUUUCAAUAUUAAUAAAACAUUUGGGCUGCAGAUAUAUAAGCUGCCUGUAUUGAUACAAGACUUGUGCAUAUAGCCAAAAUUUCCCUGCAGUACAAAAACCUCUUGAAGGCACUUUAAGUUUCAGAGGAAUCCUCCAAAGAGUUGGGAGAGCUGUAAAUGUUUAAUUAGCCAUCUGCUGAAAUCGGAGUUAGCUGCUUUAUUUCCCUCUGAACGGAAAAUGACAAGGAUUUUAAAUCAGAGGUUAAUGAGUCACAUGAGGUUCAGUAUCUGCCGCACAUUGGUCCGCAUCGUGCCUGCCAGUCUGUCUCCAGUAAAGCGUCGAUAUGUCUGCGUAGCCCGAUGAGAGAUCUGAAACUUUGGUUGAGCCGCGGCGACUCCAGGCCCAGGCUGGCUGCAGACGGAGGCCAGGAUCCUGUUUCCCACUGCCUCCAGGCAUCAGUCCCCGGAGAACCUGGAAUAACAGCAGCGUGUUGGAGGGAAAAAUAAAUACAAGAAGUCCCUCUGUCCGUCCAGGAAAUGGCACUUAAAGUGAACUCGCUAAUAAUUGCACCUCAGCACAGUAAUUUGUUCAAGGUUUUUUCACUGUAAGGCCAUAUUUUUCAUGCCACACAUGCACGCUUACUCACGGAUCAGCUUCCAGGAUUCAGGAAGUUUUUUGUGAGUAAAUGACACACAUUUCUUUUACACCUUUUUUGUACAUAUUUGGUCAAACGUAACACUUAAUAAACUUAACAUGUCCUCUUAUAUAUAUAAAAGGAGAACACGUUUGUAAUAAAAUUCCAAGUAUGCAAAUAAGAGGAAUCAUUAAGUUUUUCCACCUUUAAUGUGAGCAAUAUCCUGUACAGUUCAGCUGGAAAAUGCAUUUAUUAGUACGAGAUUAUGUUACAAACUUACUUGCAUAAGUGUAAACAUCCUUCACUCCUUCAGACACCUCAUCUACUGGAGUGGACAUGAUACUUUUCUGGGAUUAAAGCAAUAAAAAAAACUUAAGGAAUUAGUUUUUUGCAUGAUGGAUUUUACAAAAAGGUCUCUAAUUAAACAAAAAAAAAAAGAAGUUUAGACUCAACCAGAUAGUAGUGGACAUCAGGAGUUGGUGUAUGAAUUACAACGCCUAAUUAUUCAGGGUAACCAUGCAAAGAAAGAAGCAGGUAUGAGCAUUUCAUAGCCAGUUUGUGAUUUCUAAGUGAUUUUAUGCUUUAUUUUUUGUCAGUGGUGGAGUACAAACGCCUAGACUUUCUUGAACUGACUGUACAUCGAAAGAUAUCUGAUCUUGAGUGCUUGGAUAUAGGAAAUUUGCCAUGUGAGAACAGGAAUUAGAUGAUGAAUUGAGAAGCAUAGCAGUCCCAGUUUCUCAAAGUGUCUCAUCUCGAGGUGUUCAAACUCUGGAUGAGACAUAAGGGUGUGUAUAUUUAUGCAACCAGGUCUGUUUGUAGGGUGAUUUCUAUAAAAUGUCAAAUUAAAGGUGGAAAACGUUUGAAAGUUAUUUAUGUUGGUCAUCACUGUGCCAUGGUUGUGCACACUUUCAACAUGCAUCCUGAAUAAUUGUUUUAUGUUGCUUGUUUUCCCACGUGAUAUGAAUUUUAAGGGACAGUGUUACUUUUUGUUUUUUAACUUAAUAUCACAUGUUAUUGUGCAAAAUUUGCUUUGGUUAUCCACCUGACUGCUAGAGUCAGAAUAAUGGUGUUAAAGGAAAAUUUAACUUAAAGGGGUAAAAGCAUUUAGAAAACUGGUUUGGAGUCUGAUUUUUCUGUUCACAUUGUCCAAUUACUGUGUUGUGAUUAGGCAGAGAAACAUGGAAGUGUGAGGGAGCAGAUGACUGCAGCAGAUUGUGACUCUCAGUGGGACUGUAUGACAUGUAAACAAGAAAUGAGCCUGCUUUAGUUUGUAACAUAUGCAUUAAACAUGGUUAAUGAAGCGCUUUGCUGUAAAUAAAGUGAUAUCUUUGUUUCUAUUUACACAACA